CAGUGUAGUACAAGACGCCAAUAAUCCCGUCCCAACCAUUCGACACUCAUGUACACUCACGCUCAUCUCUCUGUUUCUCACUCUCUCUCCCCAAAGGAAUAAGGAUAAGGGCAAAGGGGUUUGGAAAUUUAGAAUUUAGAAUUAGAUUGUAAGAGCAGGAAAAGCAGAGAGUGGAAAUGGAGGGGAAUCCAGCGACCACAAGCAGUAUGAAGAUGCAUAGCUCAGAGAGCGGUAACUCAUUUGGGGGAAAAGGCGGGUACAAGUUCUGGGCUCUGGCGGCCAUUCUCCUACUGGCCUUUUGGUCCAUGUUCACUGGCUCCGUCACCCUUAAAUGGUCCGCCUCUAACCUCUCCCGUUUCCCCGACGACAUCGACUCUCCCACCCACGAUGAUCUCGACGUCCUGGAAGUGGAGGAGAGAGAGAAACUGGUGAGGUAUAUGUGGGAUUUGUACACUCAUACCACCACUUCCCGAUUGCCACGUUUCUGGGAGGAGGCUUUUGAAGCUGCUUACAUGGAAUUGGCCAGCGAUGUUCCCUCCGUCCGAAACGCCGCCGUCCUCGAGAUUGCCAAGAUGUCCUUGCGCUCCAUUCAUCUCCACCCACUUCCUCUCCAUUCCACUGGUAGAAGAGAAACAAGAAAGAAUGCGAAGCAAGCAGAACUAGGGAAGGAGGUAUCUGGUGUUAAUAGUAGUCAAUAAGUGGGAAAGAAUGUGGACCACUACUCAGCUAUCAAAUUUUAUCCUUGUGCUUAUGUGCUUUUGUCUUCCUGCUUAGAACUGAACAGAGGAUGAAGACUGUGAUUGGGAAAGCUUUUACAGUUUGUUUUACUUGCAAUGUCAUAGCAAAGAUAAUUCUGCUUUCAAAGAAAAGCCAAAUGUUCGUAAUGUUCGUGAUGAGGGAACCAAGAAUGUAAAACAAAGUAAAUGACUCCAUAUGAAUCUCAUUCAACAAUUGUAUGAUAUGAUUAUCGGAAUUGGUGAGGAAAAUAGCACUCGAAUAUUUGGAGUUGGCAGUGCAACAGAAUUCUGUUCGUUGA